AUGGCUGGCUUUGAUUGCGGGCCCUCUCUGACGUGCGCUAUCUGCCGCGUGUUGCAGGAGUCCCUGUGCGACAAGGAGCGCGUGACGCUAGCCCAGCUGACAUUCAACAGCAGCGGAGCCUACCGCUGCGAGGUGUCGGUGGAGGCGCCCAGCUUCGACACGGCGCACCAGAGCGCCAACAUGAGCGUCAUGGAUUGGAUUGUCAUGGAGCUGGCAUAUAAGAGACGAGUAUGUGCAGAAGUUUCUGGAGCUUGA